AUGUCGCUCCUGGUCCUUCCAAAUGAAAUGUUUCUGUCUAUUGCGCAGAGCCUCGACUGUGCGCGCGACAUUUCGUCCCUUGCUCGGGUCAAUAAGAGGACAUAUUGGGUGCUGGUAUCAACGCUUUACCACUUCAAUAUCCAGCAGCAGGAGGCUUCGGCGCUGCACUGGGCUGCAAAAAAUGGAAGGCCGCUCAUGGCUGUGACAAUGCUCGUCGAAUACCAUUACGAUGUAAACGCUAUCUAUCUCACCAACACGCCGCUUGUGGACGCCGUGAUUCACGGAUCGACAGCGGUUGUCGAUGUUCUCCUCGCCAGGCCCCAUAUCGACGUCAAUUUCCAGAACAAAAGAGGAGAAUGUGCCUUGUGGUGGGCAGCAUACCUUGGUCAUACGGAUAUUGUUGAACUGUUACUACGGUGCGACGACAUCGAAGUCGACAUCGCCGAUCGAGAGGAUUGCCUUACUCCCCUGAGUCUGGCUGUUGUGGGGGGACAUAGACGAAUCGUGCAGCAUCUCUUGGAGACCCACCGAGUGAAUGUCAAUGCAUUCGACCAACACGGGCGGCCCCUCAUUUUUCGUGUCAUAUCCGCUAAAGACCAGAAGAUGAUGGAAAUCUUGUUCAGAGACGAAAACCUCAACGUGUCCUGUCGGGACCGUUAUGGCCGCACACCUCUCCAUUACAGCGUCUCAAAUGGCCAGACGGAACUUACAACGGUACUCUUGGGCCACCCAGGAACCGACGUGGACGUCCGAGAUAACACAGACCGAACACCACUUUGGCAUGCCGUUCGACUGGGAAAUGAACAAAUCGUCCAAGUUCUUCUAGAAAAUGGUGCCAAUAGUAGUGUUCCAGACAUAGAAAUGAUUACUCCGCUUCAGAAGUCCAUCAUGAAGGGAAAGCCGUCUAUACUGCAGAUGUUGUUGAAAAAUUACCACGGUAACUAUUCCGAUUUCAUGGUCGAUGAAAAUGGUGAUGGCAGUGACGAGCAAGCGCUACUAUGCCUGGCUGCCAGUUGGAAUAGGAGCGAGAUGGCGCGGCUGUUGCUCGGCCAUGGAUGGGACGUGAACGAGAAGGAUGCAGAUGAGCGAACGCCACUGCUUCUGGCAGCUGAGGCAGGAUAUAGUUCAGUGGUCCAGGUCCUUUUGGGCCACCCGCAAAUCAAUGUGCACGCACACGACUACUGGAGAUUGACGGCCCUGCACGAAGCUGCUAAAAGAGGGUAUUUGGAAGUGGUCGAGCUGCUUCUGGCCAAGGGGAGCAUCGACAUCAACGCCAAAGACAAGAAUGGUGUCACCCCGCUCUGGUGGGCCACAGGAGGUCACCACUAUAAAGUUGCCGCCCGACUACUGGAUGAACCGGAUGUGGACGUCAACGCCGUCAGCCGGAUCGAGAGACCCCUCCCGGAUCGAUCUACAUCUCUCCAUCAUACAGUCCAGGGACGCGACAUGAGCAUUAUCCGCCGGCUCUUAACGAAGGAGACCCUUGAUCCAAAUGUCGCCGACCACCAGAAGUGGACUCCGCUCGGUUGGGCAGCGGACCAGGGCGAUGUUGAGACGGUGGAGUUGCUCCUCACCCGGCCAAACAUCCAGGUAAACGGGCUCGAGCACAAAGAAGCUCCGCCGCUUUGUUUAGCGGCAAGAAGGGGCCAUACCCAGGUAGUUUGUCGCCUGCUCCAGUGUCCAGGCAUUGACAUGGACCAAGGAUGGGGUGCCUACCUGCCACCGCUCCUGGCUGCCAUCACCGAAGGUCAUUCCAACGUAGCAAUGCAGCUGCUUGCAUGCGGGAAGCGGUUGAACGUCAACGUCCAAACCUACUCAAAAGAAUCUGCACUGUCUCUGGCCGCGCGUCAGGGAGACCUACAGGUAGUCAGCAGUAUCCUUUGUGACUGCCGCACAGACCGUAACAGUGUUGACGAUCGGGGACGUACUGCGUUGUGGUGGGCAGCCCAUGCGGGGAAAAGUGCCGUCGUGGAACGGUUCCUGUUGGACGACGAUAUACGGGUCGAUAUGAGGGAUGACGAUGGAAUAGACGCCCUGAAUGCAGCGAGUCAACAGUAUCAUUUCGAUAUUGUCAGACUCUUACGGACUCACCGGCCAGGGCGUCAUCGGGGUAUCGGUGGUUCUCGCCAGCGUAUGGCUAGCAAUGAAUAG